AGGCUCAUGCAAAAAGGACCUGAUCUGAUGCCUCUUUAAAUAAUUCAUGGGAUACGAGUAGGACCUGUGCAGUGCUAGCAUUUCAAGUAACACCUACACAGACACAACAUUGGAGCAAGAGCAUGGUUGGCGUAUGAAAGCACAUUGUAUUUCUAAUCUCCUCUACUAAGGCAUGAUCAUGUCCACUCUGCUGGAACUUGUCUUGAAAUGGAUGGAGCUCCAUGAUUCAGUGUCUCUGUGUGCUGUGGAAAGAAAGAUCAGGAAACCUGGCAGUCUGAAGGAAUGGCAACUCGAAAGAUGCCCCCGCUUGCAAAUACAAGUGGACCCAUCUUCUGGCCACCUAGAGAAGCUGCAGAGAGCAGUCUGGAGUGGAGCUCUUGAUCAAGUGACCACAUUGUUGACUUUUGGAAUCCCUGUGAACUCUCAGGACAGCCAAGGGUGGACUCCUCUCCAUCAUGCUGCAUUCUGUGGACACCUUCCAUUAGUGAAGUUCCUCCUUCACCGAGGCACUGAUGUCAACAGCAGAGACUUUUCUAACUGUACUCCACUACACAGAGCAACAUGGAGUGGAAAGACACUAGUUGUGGAGUAUCUUCUUCAAAGUGGAGCCUCACAAAGUAUCAAGAGCUGCUCAGGGCAGACUCCUUUACAUCUAGCGGCAGCUCACGGCAAUCUUGAAGUUGCUCAGACUUUGCUAGAGUUUAAAGCAGAAGUGAACUGUAAAGACCUCAAUAAAUGGACCCCACUGCACUGGGCUGCCUUUAAUAACAACCAGGAUUUAAUAGACCUGCUGUUGAACAAGUGUGCUGCACUCAAUGAAAGGAACAGUAACGGCAUGAGUCCGCUACACUUGGCAGUCUGUGCCGAAAAUGAGAAUGCCACUGAGCAUUUACUUGGGAAGGGUGCCGAUGUGAACGCCAGGUGUGAAAAUGGACAGACUGCUCUGCAUCUGUGGGCUGCAAAUGGAAAGAAGAAGAAGGUCAUGCAAGUGCUGCUCAACAAAGGGGCAGCAGUCAAUGCUGUUGAUAAGGACCUGGCUACUCCAUUACAUCUUGCUGCUGGAUGUGGAUCGUGUGUUGCUGUAGGUCUUUUGAUACAGCAUGGAGCCUCUCUACACUCCAAAGACUUGCUGCACAUGACUCCCUUACACUAUUCUGCUUUAAAAGGAUCAAGUGAAACUGCAAUAAUGUUGCUUCAAUAUGGGGCAGAUGUGCAUGCUCCAGACUGGUUAGGAAAAACAUCUCUACACCUGUCUGCUGAGAGAGGCCACGUGGAGCUGAUCAAACUACUACUCGACAAUGGGGCAGACCCUUCACUUGAGUCACAGUGGAAGGAGACCCCAGCAGACCUUGCAGCACAACAGAAGCACAGACAUGUUACCCAGGUGCUCGAAGCACAUACCAAAAUGCAAAGCAGACCAAACUGUUUACUGAAAGGACAUUGAUUAUAGGAAGUGUUUGAAGGUACCAGCUUGACUACAGAGUGAUGUCAGCAUUGUUGCUAUAGCAGGAAUAUAAUGAUAUAAUAUUUUAUUAUGGUUAACAGUAUAGCAAGAAAUGUGGAUCCUUCAUCAAUAAGUAUCUUAAUGUAUAUAUUUUAGCAGCAAAUAUAUUACAUUACAGUCUAAUAAAUAAAAAUAAAUUAUUUCUUAUAAACACAUUAUUCACUUUCUAAAAAAUAGCCUAACAUAUUCUUGAGUCAUGUAUUAAAUGUUUUACAGUGCCUUGUACAAGUCUUCUCAUCCUCAAACAUGUUUCAUAUUGUUCUACUUGAAAAAUAGAAUAAAAAAUGCAUUUACGUAGGAUUUUGUGCCACUAGUCAACAUAAAUAACUGUAUUCUGAAUAUGAAACAGUCCCAGAUUAAUUAGGACAGUGACAAUAUUGGUCAAAAAAAGUAGGAUACCAAAUAUUGCACAGGGAAAUCAUUUACAUUCACGUAGAUGCAUAUCAUAUGUUUUAGAAACAUGAAAUGUAAGCACGGUGGUUAUUGAUGAUACCUCGUUGCUCAGGAAUACUGAGAUCAAAUCCUAGCCUGCACAUAGAAAAGUGAAGCUACACCAGAGUAUUAACUUAGAGGGUGUUAUGGCUGGUUUCUCACCAUUGAUUUAUCUAUUAUGAACCAAAAUGUUAUAUGUCUAUGCAACAUCUAAGAAAUCAGAUCUAUAAUUUUAGUUCAUUGCUAAGUAUGUUAGGUGGUGGGCGCAGCAACGCGCUGUAUCAGUACAGUACAUGCUAAGUAUGACUCUUAAAUAUCACCACUGUUCAUUUUUGAGCAGUUU